UAUUGGGUUUCAUUUCCAUUUGAGUGGCUAAGUUUUUUAUAGUUGGCUCGCCACGCCUAACGCAACCCUCCUCCUUGUACCUGGACUUGGGACCAGGCUAUGCUGCACGAACAUAUGCUGAGACAACAUAGGCGGAGUUGAUUAAUGAGCGAACUGGAAAAUUCCUCUUUAAGAUUGAAAAAGAUGCAGAAAGGCAAGAAGGGCGGUGUUGAUUUGACUAGAAGAUUUCAUAAGGAAAAAAGAAGUUGCAAGAUUGAUUUGGUCUCAGGUCACUUGCGUGAUGGGGACUCUAAUCAAGAUGUAUUCGCUAAGCUACCUGGCUGGGUUAAAUCAGAUAUUUGUAAAAGUGUUGUCUCAAUUUCUUUGUGCAAUGGAGACAUAACCUUAUUUUCUUGCUCGGGCAUAGCUAUAGCACACAAGGGAUACCACCUUACAAUGUGUCUGACUUCUGCAAGUUUGGUUAGGGCUUUUCAUGGUAAAACAAACGAACAAUACUAUGAAUUAAAGAUUAAAGUGCGCUGUGAAGGCAAUGAAGUGUACAAGGGUUUUUUGGCUGAAUAUGAUUUAGAUCAUAACUUCGCUGUUGUCAACAUUGAUGCCUUCCUUGGUGUUCAUGUUGGAAGUUCCCAAUGUGUGCUGGAAUCUGUGCUCCGUGGUGCGGCAUAUGUAGUUGGGCGUGGUGUCUCUGGUGACCUAAUAUCCAGGAGUGUCGAAUUGGGCUGUGAUCUAAGCGUAUCUAAGCAUGGUCAAGAUCUUGAGAGUAAAACCUCAGAGGCUUGGGAAGGUGGAAUAGUUUUUUCUUUAAAUGGGGAAUCUGUUGGCAUGAACCUUUUUCUGGUUAUGGGAAGGACCAUUUUCCUACCAUGGGGCACAAUCUUCGAGCAUCUGCGGCAUUUCGGGAAAUCCUGGCAAAGGUAGGUAGGUCUUGCACUCAAGAAUUUUGGUUACAGGUAUGUCUAGUUGAUGUAUGCACUUCAUUAGUUUACCUACUUCAUUCUACCUCACUUCCCCCGUCCCUUUACAUGAGCUUAUAAGGGCAGCCCUUUUGUGUUCCAGGCAGCAUAUGCAUAUGAUAAUCUGGAUCAUCUGCUGCUCUUACUUAUCUUAUUUGUCGCAGUCUCUCAAUGUUUACUUUUAAUAUUAACUUGUUUCUUUAAUACCUCAACCAGAAUAUUUGCUGUCUUUAGACAUGUAUCUCAGUUUCCGUGUGCUGGAUUUGUCAUAUUUGUGCCAUUCUUGGAGCUGCAUGCUUAUCUUACUAAAAUGUGCACACUAGAAGGCAGUGAUUUCAUAUUGCCUGAUCGGCUGAUUGUUUGGCCUGGAAUUCUAAGUAUAUUCUUAUAUAGAUAUAGAAUAUACUUAUAUAGUGUAGGUAUAGAAUAUACUUAGAAUAUAGAGACUAGAAUUAUGAAUUAUGAAAAUUGACCAGCACGGCAGCAGUAUGAAUUACGAAAAUGGAAAACAGAGAUCACCAGCAAGUCUAUAUGAAACUAUGAAUUUGCAAGUCUUCUACAUUAAUCACUCACCAUGUUAUGAAUUAAACUUGCCCUAUAAACUUAAGUAAAUAAUC